AUGGCCGUGAAAAAUGCAGUUAAGACAUGGGCGUGUUCCCGAGUCGUCGCCGGGGAAGGGGGUGGGCGCACGGCGGCGGCGGCGGGGGUGGACAACGGAGGGAGCACGCUCACUCGAUACUCUGUCAGGUGCAAUCAGACAGUCGCUCGGGGCCCAGCCUCUGCCGCCGCCGCCGCCGCCGCCUGCCCCGCCCCUGGGCUGCUGCAAGAGGGGCGCAGAGAGUGCCUCCAUCGGUAGUGCUCUCUUCUGAAACAGGUGGCUCCCAAACGCGCUCUGCCGAUUUACGAGGCCGUGGAGAGCGCACGAAUUGAUUCCAUAAUGCGCUUUGCAGAUCGCUGUAUUUUGGUUUAUUCUUUUUUCAAU